AUGCAGCAGCUCGAGAAACAAGUUAUAGACGCUGAUCGUCAAGCAGAGAGAGCUUUUCAGCAGGUGCAGGUCAUGGAAGAAAAAUUAAAAGCAGCUAAUGUUCAAACGAGCGAAUCAGAGACCAGGCUGUAUAAGAGAUGUCAAGAUCUGGAGAUCGUGAUUCAAGAUAAAAAUGACAUAAUACAAAAAUUGGAGCAACAACUUGAAGAACAGAAGCAAAUAAGACUGCAAGAAGCAAAAAUCAUAGAAGAAAAAGCAGCUAAAAUAAAAGAAUGGGUGACAGUCAAGCUCCAUGAGUUAGAGGUGGAAAAUCAGAACCUUCGCUUGAUCAACCAAAAGCAAACCAAAGAGAUGAAAACAGUACAAUCUAAACUGCAAGAAGCUACGGGAAAGAAAUCUGUUACUUCAACACAAAAACCUGGAGAGUGUCAGCGACUAAGCAGUUUGACUUUUGGAUGCUUUUCAAACAGAGCAAGAAGUCCUCAACCAUCUCCUAAGUAUGAAGAAAUAAGCAAGUCUUCAUCUAAAGAGUCAGACUAUACUGAAGGCGAAAACAUGCUAGAGCAGAACAAAAAUGUGAGAACAAGCUGUUCAUCCAAAGACAUAGACAGUGACAUGUCAAAGAACUCCUGCACUACUGGGAGUGACUGGAGCUCAGACGAGGAUGGAGGAGAGAAUAAAGGACUGAAAUCCAGGUGUGCAUCGACUCUCUCAAGCCACACAUCUGAAGAGAAUGCAAGGUACAGUAGAAUGGGGAGUGAAAUGUAUUUGACAGCAUCUGAUGACAGUAGUUCUGUAUUUGAAGAAGAGAGUUUCGGUGUUCAGAGGACUCAGCACAAGAAGUUAUACUCCUGGCAGCAAGGGUCCCAAAGAAAAGGCCAGAACAAUCCAGGUGGAAAGUGCAACUCUGAUUUCACAGGUAAAAAGAAAGACCAAGAUAGUUCUUCAGAUGAACUGAAUAAGAAAUUUCAAUCUCAGAGGCUGGAUUACUCAUCCUCAUCCAGUGAGGCAAAUACCCCAAGUCCAAUUUUAACCCCUGCUCUGACACCCAAACACCCAAUUCUAGCAACUUCUGCAGGUUCUCAAUGCACAACGCCGUCAGAUUCUCCCUCAAAUUUGCCACCUCCAAAGUUACGGACUCCUAAUGUGUUUAGUAUAAAUUCAGCAUUAGCAAAGAAACAUCUAAGCCAGCCCCAGCUGAGUUCUGACAGAAUGUUCGGUAGAAAUAGAAAUGCCAUAAGCAUGAUACGCCCAUGGAGACCUCAGGAAACAGACAUUGAUCUCGUGGAUGGAGAAGAUACUGAUAUUUUAGAGAAAAUGGAGAUUGGCUCUGAUGAAGGAGUGUUUACCUAUGACUGCACUGAAGCACAAAACGCUGAAGCCCAGGAACCUUGUGAUAUGGCAAAAAAGGGUGCUAGCAACAAACCUCCAACCCCUCCAUUACAUCGAUUUCCUUCCUGGGAAAGCAGAAUUUAUGCUGUAGCCAAAUCUGGUUUAAGGAUGUCUGAAGCUUUCACCAUGGAAUCUCUUAACAAAAGUAAUUCAUACUCCAUAUCCGGAUUAUAUACAUCUCUGAUAUAUAAGAACAUGACCACUCCUGUCUACACCACUUUGAAAGGGAAAGCAACUCAAAUAAGCAACAGCCCAUUUAUAGAUGAGUCAUCAGGAUCUGAGGAAGAAGACAGCUCUCGGUCCAGCUCAAGGACUUCCGAGUCUGAUUGUCGAAGCAGAAGUGGUCCGGGUAGUCCUCGGGCUAUGAAACGAGGUGUGUCCCUGUCCUCUGUGACCUCAGAAAGUGACUAUGCUAUUCCUCCAGAUGCAUAUUCAGUAGAUACAGACUAUUCAGAGCCAGAGCAGAAACUUCCUAAGACCUCUUCUUCAUCUAGUGAUAAUGGAAAAAAUGAACCCUUGGAAAAAUCUGGCUAUCUGUUAAAAAUGGGUGGUAAAGUAAAGACCUGGAAACGACGGUGGUUUGUGCUUAAAGGAGGUGAAUUACUAUACUACAAAUCUCCAAGUGAUGUCAUUCGAAAACCUCAAGGUCAAAUUGAGCUAAAUGCAUCUAGUCACAUUGAAAGGGGUGAUGGAAAGCAAACAAUUCAGCUAACCACAGAAAAACGAACAUACUACUUGACUGCAGAUUCUCCCAACAUCUUAGAAGAAUGGAUCAAAGUACUACAGAAUGUUCUUAAAAUACAGGCUGCCAGUCCACUUUUCAUACAGCCUGAAAUCAAGCCAACCAUGAAAGGAUUACUUACAAAAGUGAAACAUGGAUAUUCCAAAAGAGUUUGGUGUACCCUAGUUGGAAAAAUUCUGUAUUAUUUCCGUAAUCAAGAAGACAAGUUUCCUCUUGGGCAAAUCAAACUUUCUGAGGCGAAGGUUGAAGAAGUUGAUAGAUCAUGCGAUUCUGAUGAAGAUUAUGAGGCUAGUGGUCGCAGUUUAUUAUCAACACAUUACACGGUUGUUAUCCACCCCAAAGAUCAAGGACCCACCUAUCUUCUUAUAGGAUCCAAACAUGAGAAGGACAUGUGGUGUUACCAUCUCACAGUUGCAGCUGGAAGUACCAGUGUAAAUGUUGGAUCUGAGUUUGAACAACUUAUUUGCAAAUUAUUAAAUAUGGAAGGUGAUACCACUUCUCAGAUUUGGAGACAUCCUACCCUUUGCCACAGCAAAGAAGGAAUUGCUUCCCCUCUUACAACAUUGCCAUCAGAAGCCUUGCAAACUGAAGCAAUUAAAUUAUUUAAGACCUGCCAGUUGUUUAUAAAUGCUGCAGUUGACUCUCCUGCCAUUGAUUACCACGUAUCUUUGGCCCAAAGCGCUUUGCAGAUCUGCCUCACACAUCCUGAACUUCAAAAUGAGAUCUGUUGUCAGCUUAUUAAACAGACUAGACGUCGACAUCCACAAAACCAGGCAGGACCAGUACAGGGCUUGCAGCUCUUGGCUCUCUGCGUUGGACUCUUUCUGCCCCAGCACCCAUUCCUUUGGCUUCUUAAACUUCAUUUAAAGAAGAACGCAGACUCCAGGACUGAAUUUGGGAAAUAUGCAAUAUAUUGUCAGCGAUGUGUAGAGCGUACCCAGCAGAACGGAGACCGAGAAGCCAGACCUUCCAGAAUGGAAAUCCUUUCCACUCUUCUGAGAAACCCCUACCACCAUUCGCUGCCCUUCAGUAUUCCAGUUCAUUUCAUGAACGGCAUAUAUCAGGUUGUUGGGUUUGAUGCCUCUACCACAGUGGAGGAAUUUCUGAACACCCUGAACCAGGAUACAGGAAUGAGAAAACCAGCUCAGUCAGGAUUUGCACUGUUUUCUGAUGAUCCCUCUGGCAAGGAUAUAGAGCACUGUCUUCAAGGAAACAUCAAGAUCUGUGACAUUAUUUCAAAAUGGGAGCAAGCCUCCAAAGAACAACACCCUGGGAAAUGUGAAGGCACAAGGACUGUCCGCCUUACUUACAAAAAUAGGCUUUAUUUUUCGGUUCAAGUGCAUGGGGAGACAGACAGAGAGAAGCUGCUGCUAGUAUAUCAGACAAAUGAUCAAAUAGUCAACGGACUCUUCCCCGUAAACAAAGAACUAGCGAUGGAAUUGACAGCGCUUUUAGCUCAGGUAGAGAUUGGAGAUUUUGAACGGCCUUUUUCAACGCCAGCGGGGCAAGUCACUUCCCAGUCCAAGUCCAAUCAAACCUUAAAACAAGUUUUGGAGAGAUUCUACCCUAAGAGAUACAGGCAUGGCUGUUCAGAGGAACAAUUAAGACAGCUUUGUCAGCGAUUGUCUACAAGAUGGAUGGCUCUCCGGGGGCACAGUGCUGCAGACUGUGUGCGCAUUUAUCUCACAGUAGCCAGAAAAUGGUCUUUCUUUGGUGCUAAAUUGUUUGCAGCAAAACCUCUAGCAACAUCCUCAGUUGAGAAGUCCUUCAUAUGGUUUGCUGUACAUGAAGACGGCAUAAGCAUCCUAGAUUACAGCUCUAUGCGAUUAACAGUUACAUAUACAUAUAAGAGUGUGAUGACUUUCGGAGGUUAUCAAGAUGAUUUUAUGUUGGUUGUUAACAAUGCUCAGACAAAGGACAAAUCAACUGAAAAACACCUUUUUGCCAUGACAAAACCAAAGAUUCUUGAGAUCACUCUACUGAUUGCCAGCUAUAUUAACAACUUUCAUCAGCUGAAAGGAGCUGCUCAUCACCUCUCUGCUCCAGCAUUACUGACACCUCAAAGUGGACAGAAACUCAAGGAAACGGGCAGUCAGCCACUUCUUGCAAACAACAGACCGACUAAAUGUCCCACUUUGUUAUGAAAGGAUUAUGUAUCAUGAUAAUCCAUCUUUGUUACAGGGUUUCUACACUGAUUGAAAGCUUUUUGAUGUACAAGACAUGGAGCAUAAGCAGGUCCAUAACCAAAAGAAAGGCAGACAGUUUUACAUUCAUUUC